UUCACUUGACAACAGAUGCGCGUCUACCUGCGAAAGUUGAUAUUUUGGAUGAUAUUAUGCCGCCCAUGUAAAAGAAAAGCCACAUAAGUAUCUUUUCGUUAACUUCGAGGAGAGUAUAACCACUUUUGAAUACCUUCGAAAUCACUAGCCGAGAAAAAUGUCCGGGAAACCUCGAUCGUCGAUACCAGUGGCCGGAAGAACUAGCAUUCCUGUGAAAAGAACUACACCAGCAACUCCAGUAGCGCGAUCAGCGUCAUUAAAUGCGAAUUCUAGCAUACCAAUACCUUCAAAGCCAAAUGGAAGCAAAAAUUCUGGGUCAGAACUUCCUAACGACCCUACACUUCUGACAGAAAUGGUGUUAAACCUGCAAAAACAGAUUCAAGAGAAAGAUGAUGCUCUGAAGGGGAUCAGUGAGAAAUUGUCACGCAAGUCAGAAGAAUGCGAAAGCUUGAUAGAAGAACGUGACAUGAUGAGGAGUAAAAAUACGUAUGACUUGCAACAGGUCAGCGAGGACCAAGAUGCCCUUCAGGAAACACUCAAGAAAAAAGACAGAUACAUACAAGAAAUGGAGGCACGGCAUAGGGGAGAAACUUUGGAACUCAAAAGAGAAAUUGAGGAGCUAAACAGCGAAAAUGAAAUCGAGAUAGAAAUGCUUAAGAAAGAGAUGGAAGACUUGAAACUAAGGGAGGAGCGUUGGAAAAGGGUCGCCGAAUUAAAGAAAGAAUCUGAUUAUGACUCAAGUGACGUGGGAUCACGUGAUCAUUCACCCGAAGUCGAGGCUCUUAAAGAGCAGAUGGCCUCGUUGCAAAGUAACUAUGAAGAUGAGAUAACCGUGCUCAAGGAGAAACUUCAGACCCAGAUUUCCAAGAAAACCGAGGCGGCCGAAAAAAUGGAGCAGCAAGAAUUUGAAUUUCAGGAGAACCUAAGCGAGCUAAAGAGUACGUUCGAGAGCGAGAAAAGUAAGCUUCUGACGGAGCAUAAAGUGGAAAUGGAUAAGCUAAGAAAUGCGUUUGAUGAAAAACUGAAGGAAUUGGAGACUGGUGCUGAUACUUCCAGGGAUUUCCCUCAAAAGAAGCAAUACGAAAACCUGAUUGACCAGUUACAAGAACAGGUUACAGAUUUGACCAGUCAGCUGGAAACCAGUGAAGCUCAAAUGGCGCAGGACCUGAUGAUUAUGAAAAAUGAGUUUGAAACGCAGCUAGAUGAGUCGAGGAGUGCGUUUGAAAGUGAAAAGGAGAAACUGGAGAGAACCAUUUUGGAGCUCAGAACUCAAGCCGAAGACAUGAACGAAAAGCAUGCUAAAGAUAUCGAACAAUUGGAGGAUGUUUUCAGAAAAGAAAAGGAGGAGAUCAGAAAUACAUCUCAAGAGAACCAGACGAAAGCUGAAAAUCUGGAGGCAAUGCAAAGACAGAUUGAAGCGUACGAGAAUGAAGUAAAGGAGUUGAAAGAAAGUCUCGAAAAUGAAAGACUUGAAUUUGUCGAAGCGCGUGAUUCUCUAGAGGGUAUGAUUGCGGAUCAGGAAAAGGAAUUUGAAGAAAAGGAAGAAAGGCUUAGAGAGGAAAUGAAAGAAGAAGAGCAAAUUAAACUGGACAAGGUUGUCUCAGACUACGAAAAGCGCCUGCAGGAAGCUGAGAGAAGCUACUUUGAAGGGAAAGAAGUCGAUCGAACAAACCAAGAACUGCAGUUAGAGAUGAAUUCAAUGAAGAGGCUUCAUGAAAGAGAUAUUGAGCGACUUCAUGAGAGUUUAGAGACCCUGCAAGCUGAAAAUGAAAGUCUGAAAAGAGAAUACGAUUUGGUGGUGACAGAUCUCAACAAUGAACUAGACAAUUCGAGGAAACCGGGAAAGCCACAGAUGGAGAAGAUAAAGGACAAUCAAGAGGAGGAAAUUCGGGUAUUAGUAGAAGAUAUAGAAUCCUAUAAACAAAAAGUUACUGAGCUGGAAAGUGAAAUUCAAAGAUUGAAAAGUGCAGACGAGAAACAGUUUGAGACUGAUAUCGAUUUGCAAACCAAGACAGCCGAGCUUGAGUAUGAAUUAGAGGUUAUGAGAGAAGAAAACAGCAACAACGAAGCAGAACUACAAGAAUGUAAAACAAAGAUUUCAAACCUGGAGAAACAAUUAGAACUUAGCAAAAGUACUCAUGAAGAAUUUGCCAAGCAAGAUGAAAACAACAUCUCAAAAAUAUCAGAUCUUGAGAGCCAGCUUGAUCAUAUUAAGGAGGAAAUGGCCAAUUCCGAAGCUCAAGUAGAAGAAUACAAAACCUCAGUUGGCAUCCUGCGUAACGAGCUCGCAAACCUUACCGAAGAAAAUCAGAGAUUAGAUUCCGAAAUAACCAGCAAAAAAGCGGAUCAUCUGAAGGUUACCGAAGAGUUAAAACUGAACGAAGUAAAGAUUGCUGAUGAAGUUGAAAGAAUGCGAGAUACAGUAGCAACUCUAAAAGCUGAGAAACUGGAUCUUAACAAUACGUUGGAGUUUCAAUCUCAAGAGAACAAGCUUCAGCUUGAGAAACUUACGGAAAAACUCGAACAAAUGGAAAAUGAAGGCAAAAAUUUUAAUGAAGCCCACGUGGAGUCGCAAGGAGUUAUCACAAGGCUUAAUGAAAAAAUUGCAAAGCUUACAGAUGAUUGCGAGAAAUUUAAAAACGAAAAGGCUUUGCUUCUGCAAGAGUUACAGGAUCUCAGGCAAGGCGUCAUGGAAGGGGAUUCUGAAAGAGAGAGACAAAUAGCAGAAUACCAAAGUGAGAUGGAAAAGUUAUCUGUGAAGAUUGAAAGCUUGGAAAAUUACCAGAAACAGGCAGAGAUCGAGAAACAGGAUCUCCAUGAAGAAAUUGAGAAUCUUCGUCAAACUCAAAGCGUGGAGCCGAUGAUUUCUUUGGCAGCAGUCGAUGAAACCUUCGCAGCGAAUCCAUCGACUGGCUUGGGUCUGGAAUACGAGCAGCAGAUGAAAGGACUUGCAGAAGAUUACGAAGAAAAAAUUGAGAAGCUCGAAACAGAGCUCGAGGAAGAGCGAAGUAAGUCAGUUUCAAAGACAAGGAGAAUCGAAUCCAUCAAUAUGGAGAUUGAAACCUUGCGCCAAAAUCUUGAACAAGAAAGACUCUUAGUUAAGAAUGCCCAAGAGCGUAUCCUCAAAAUGCAGGAAAGACACGACGAAGAUCUUAAGAACUUAAAAGAUCAGUUAGCUAUAAAUGCCGAGAGCAACGAAGAUGUAGUUUCCUCGAGGGUAGAAGCCGUAAAUGAACAGUUUACAAAAACAAUCAGAACUCUCGAGGCCGACCUAGAAACGGCACUUCAAGCUAACCGCGAGCAAGCCGAAAGCAUCACCGAUUUGAAGACCCAGUUAGAAAGAGCGCGCCAUACUAAUUUAGCACAAGAAGCAGAAAUCACAAAGCUCAGUCAAGAACUUCACGAGUUUCGACGACAACAAAUAGCACAUGAGGCAAGCAUCACUGCGGAACAAGUCAUGACAAGCGAAGAGCAUACCAAAGCGGUCGAAACUCUUAAAGCUGACUUGGAAGCUGCUCAGAGGCUGCAUCAGAAACAACAAGACGAGAUAACCAGACUCAAGCAAGAAAUGAAGGAGUUUGAACAGCAACGAUUAGCGCAUGAAGCUAACAGAACAGCAGAACAUCUGACUGUAACUGAAGGGCACGCAAAGGAGGUUGCUGUGCUAGAAGCAGACCUUGAAGCCGCGAAAGAACUUAACAAAACUCAACAAGAAGAAAUUCACGAGCUGAAACAAGAGCUAGAGGAUUUUCAACAACGGCAGAUAGCACAUGAAGCUAAUCUCACUUCGGAGCAACUCAAAAUAAGUGAAUCUCAGAAAGCACAAAAACAGGAACUUAAAAAGAAAACGAAAGAAGUUGCCACCUUGAGGUCCGAUUUGGAGGAGGCGCAGCGAACGAAUAGAACACAAUUUGAUGAACUUACAAGAAUAAAAGUUGAACGCGAUGAGCUUCAGAAAUCACAGAAACGCUUCGAAGAGAAUUUCCAGAGUGAAAGGUUCAAAGCAGACGAGGCAAGCGAACGGAAAAUUAAAGGUUUAGAAGAGGAAGUUCGGAGAAAGACAGAAGAAUUAUCGAAGCUGUUCUCUGUGCUCGACACGGAACAGAAGGGGCGAGAAAGAGUAUUAUUGGAGACGGAGAAGCAUUUGACGCAUAUGCAUCAGGCGGAACAGGAUAAAAUUAAGUCAGAGAGAAUCAUCUCUGAGCUGAAGAAUGAGAACCAAGUACUUCGAAGCGAGCUGAUUCAAGAGAAAGAACAAUUUGCGCGCUAUGUUUCUCAGAGUAAGAAAGCGCAAUCUGACGAGCAUGAGGAAUGUGAGAAGCUCAGUAGAUCAUUAACUGAAUCUGAGAUGGACAAAGGAAAGCUGGCGGACGAGAUAGAAACGUGUAAGGAUGAAUUGAACAAAAUGCAGGAGAAGUACAACAAGCUUAAGGAGAAGUUUUUAGCUUUAAAGCAAAAGCGGAAAGAGGAAAAGGAAAAAUUCGACGAGAUUCUGCUUACACCGAGACUCGAAAUGGGAUUACAGACGAGUCUUCUAGAACCUGAAGAUCUCAAUCAAACAAGAGAACAGCUCUCGUCGUCAAUGAGAGAGCAAGGUCGGCUCGAAGAAGAGCUGGAAGUUCUUCAGAGAGAUCUCUAUAAAAAGAAAACUGAAAUUCAAGCUCUGAAAAGAGCCAAUGAGGUGUUAAGAAGGCAAAAUCAGGUUCUGUAUCUUGAAACGGAGAGCCUAAGAAGAUCUGGUCAUACCGAAGGAAUUGACGUUCCUGGAAUCCAAAAAGAGAAUGAACAAUUGCUGCAAGACAAAGAAAAUCUGGAGAUAGAAAAUCGAUAUUUAAAAGAGGCUUUAGUCGUGAGAGAAAAACAGGAGGAAGAAAGCAGAGAAAAAGAGAGUAUGUCGGAUAACUUUUCAGAGACUGAGUUACGAGAUCUGAGGGAGAACCAAGCGCGAAUUGAACAGGAAAACUCAAAGUUAAGUGAAGAGAACGAAUUUCUGCUAAAACAGGGCAAGCGUUUGCAAUCUCAAGUCGAUCAACUUGAGGACGAAGUUCAAAGGAUGAAGCUUCAAACUCCUAUGACUUCAACACCUGCGAACGAGGGUGCGUCUCAACCUCUCGUCGGCGGACUGAUCCAGAGCGAGUCUGGAAACCUGUUUAACGUGGAGUCAUCGCCUGCUACCUUCACGGGUCCUUCAUUGAAUACUUCCCUUGAAGCACAGAGAUUCGUAGAGGAAAAUCAACGAAUUAAGGAACAGAUGCUCGUGUUACAAGGACGUUUAAGAUUAAAAGAGAAAGAACUUCAAGACACAAACAAUUCACAAACUGGAGCAAUGGACGAUUUGAUAAACGAGAGGCAAGUUCUUCUUGCUCAAAUUGACUUAAUGAAGGGAGCGCUUGAGAAAUAUGGAGAGAAAGGAUUCACUGGCCAAAGGAUCGUCGACUGGGAUACGAACCAGAGAGAAGACGCUGCCAAGGAAAACGUUUUAACACCCUCGUCCUUUACACCAAGAACUAUUCAGAAUCCCUUAUCAAGAUUUCCCGCUUCUAAUCUUCAAACCCUAGACUUCAAUGAGGAAAAUUACCUUGGAUCGGCUUACUGGGAAGCUACAAAGUUUCUUGACAGAUUACAACAAGUCAACUAAUGACCGGCUUUUAUCCUUCAAGACAUCUUUCAGAGCUUUGUUGGGAGAGCACAAAAUGCACAUUGCGCACGUCGCACGAAUACCCUCAGCUUUACUAACUGAUUUUUUCCCCAUGAAUCACUGCUGGUUUGUUGCUGCUAAUAAAAAUUGUUUUAAAACAGAGAUUUCAGUCACGACCCAUAUCGUGACUCUCCAUUCCAGAAAUAUUCCCUACUGUUACUCGCUGUUGAAAGAGAGUUCACUAUCUCAAAUGCAAGAAACAUUAAGUUUUUAUUAAUGAAACUAUCGGUAAUAAUUUCCUGAGUUACAUCACUAGUACGAAAAUAAAG